UUUUUUUAUUUACAAGUAAUCACAAACUCUGAUCACUGAAGAUUGGAAUUGGAUUUAAUUUUAAUUUUUAAAUCUAACUCAAAGAGAAUUAUCUAAAUGAUGUGGAGUGCCGGCAGUGAUAUAGAAGUUUUAGAUAUUUUACCGAAAGGGGCGAUUGGAUUUAAGACGAAUAUAUUACUUGCGAGUGUGGGAAAAGAUUCCUUGUAAUGAAUAGUACUAUUUAAAAAAAAAGUGAACGAGAUAAAACGAUCGUGCGGUCAACAGCUCUGAGGAUUCCAAUAAGUGCAUUACAGGCUUGUAGGGACGGUAACUUCUAGUUUACACACCCUGUUCUAUGUGUAAAAUAUUGUGUUAACUUCAUUAAGACGUGACAAAAAAGUAUUUGUUUAAUCAAACAUGGUUUAUACAUGUUUUUUAUGUAAAUGGAGGGGUGAUAAAUUUCCCCGAAGAUCCUAUCACAAAUUUCCUUCCAAUGCAGAAAUGAGGCAGAAAUGGUUAGAUAUAAUGGGAAAGAGCAACGUAUCUAUUGGAGUACGGACAUCACUGUGCUCUAUACAUUUUGAUGAAGACUGUUUUCGAUACGGAUUAGUCAAUGGAAGAAGAAUAUUGAAGGACGGAAGCAUACCAACACUACAUUUGACGAAUGACAAACAGGAACAAAUCAUUGACUUGGUUGAUGAAAUAAAACAUCCAGAACCGUUUAUAGAAAGUAGUGUCCGUACAGGACAUACAACAGGAGAGGCUGUGCAGAUUGAACCACAGACGCACAGAAAAGAGACAGAGGAUGUAAAUAUAAACGAUUCGGUCCAAUGCAUUUCGUGCGCUCGGUUAAUAACAGAGUUCCGCUAUACAUGUGUGCAGUGUAGCGACUUGGACCUGUGCGGCGCGUGCGAGGCCGACAGAGCACACCACCAACACUAUGUGCUGCGAAUACCAGCUGAUAGACCUGCAGCUGAAGUCAAAUUCGUGCUAGCUACAUUAAGACGAUAUCUGCCGACUCUGGAUCCUAAAACUGUGUCUGAACCUGAUUGGGAUGGUCCAUUAAGCAUCAAGUCUGAAAUAAAGUCCGAGUGUGAGGACGAUGAAGAGAUGACUCCGACGGUGGCGCACGUGUCGGAGAACACAGUGUUGUGGGCCGCGUGCGAACAUCAGGAACAUAGACACUGCUUCACAAAUAUAGGAAUAAAGUUGGAGUCAGUUAACGAGGGUGACAGUGUGCACUUCUCGAGCGCAGACGAAUGUGACAGUAGUGAUGGUACAAAUGCGAUGGUGGGCAAAGGGAGAAGAGAUGUUGGUACGGAUGGUGGUACAACUAAUGCUGUUCCCAUGUCUAGUCAUACUGAGAUGCUAGAUGAUACCACAUCAGCUAAAGAAACAUGCUUUACGUCAGUCAGUUCUGGACAUGAGGAAUUAAUAAUAAUGGAGAGCGGGCCAAGGGAAGAUAUAAAUCAAGAAGAGUCAGAGAUCGCCGACAAUAGUACAGAUCACACGCCGUCAAAAAAGUCAAGAUCAAUCAAAUCAAAAAUCGAUAUCAUAGAUAUUGAUGACGUUCAAUUUAUGCAAACUUACAGAAUGUCAAAGAGAACAGCUAUCGAGAUAUGUAAUCAAAUCGAUAAAGACUUGGAAUUCAGGAGUGAAAGAGUGGCAUCAUUCGAACAGCUACUCAUAGCCCUCAGGUACUACGCCACCGGCACUCAUCUACAGAAGAUAGCUUCAGGUCAUCGAGUGAGCAUAUCUACAGCAAGCAGGAUCGUCAAGAGAGUAUCAAGCGCGAUAGUCAAGCUGAAGGACAAAUAUAUACACAUGCCGACUGCCGAAGAUAUAGAGAUGUGUCAGAAGGAGUUUUGUAGUGUAGCGAAUUUUCCUACCAUCAUAGGGUGUAUAGAUUGCACGCAUGUGAGGAUUACUUCGCCAGGUAACAAUUGUGACGCGUACAAAAACAAAAGAGCCUAUUUCUCAUUGAAUGUACAAACGGUGGUAGACUCAAAAUUGAGGAUAAGGCACGUGGUCGCUCAUUCACCGGGCUCCACUAGCGAUGCUAGAGUGUUUGAGGACAGCGUGUUGAGCCAGGAGUUUGAGGCAGGAGAAUAUGGUAAAGCGUGUCUGCUUGGUGACAGCGCGUAUCCCUUGAAGAAAUAUUUGCUCACACCGUACCUAGAACCAACCACAGAAGUGCGGAAACGCUACAAUAAAAGCCACAGCGAGACCAGAAAAGUAGUAGAGACACUAUAUAGCAUGUUAAAGAAGAGGUUCCCAGCUCUCGCAGUAGGGUUACGGAUUAAUUUACAGACAGCAGUCGAUAUGAUCACCGCCUGUUGCAUCCUCCAUAACAUAUGCGUGGAGAAUGGCGAAGAUGUCCCCCCGCCUGACAUAAAGAAUGCAGUGUUGGAAGCCCACAUAGAGCAUGGGAGUAUUGUCGAUGUCUAUGACAAGCCUGGAGAUGACGGUAGAAGGAAUGCGAUCAUUCGUAAAUAUUUUUCAAAAAAAGCCAUUGCUGAACGCGCUAAAAGAUACAGAGACAAUAAAAAAAAGAAGCAACAGAACGAAACGUUGGAGGCGAUUCUUGCCAGAAGAAAAACGAAUGCUGAACGCAUCAAAAUAUACAGAGAUAAAUUAAAAUCGAAAAGAGAACGUGCUGAACUUGAAUCUUUAAAAUCAUCGUAAGGAGUUUGAUUAUCAACCGCACCAAUGUAGUAAGGAAGAAUUAGAAAAAACAAUAAAUACCACUUUUAUCCUCGAUGGGGUAGGCAGAAGCGUAACAGGUGCAUCCACUUUCCACCGUGUGUAUUCCAUUACAUGAUGUGAUAGGUAUAGAUGCUAACUCUAUAUCGGACAUAAAUUCCAGACUCCACACGAGAACGAUUAUGCAUUAACAGUCAGGCACAAAAGCUGAACAAAUUACAGAUUAAAACGCUCAUUUUCAUUCUAUGUUCUAUGUUAAGGGUCACUUUUUUAGCCCGUAGCAGGUCGGGCCGUUGUGCGAGGGAUGCCGGCUCUGGGUCUAGCCAGCCCUACUCCUUCCAGAUGCGCAGGGUCUUCCUGGUUGUUCCACGGGCUCUUCGGAGUGACCCCGGUGUACCGAGCAUUUCAGCCUGUUGUGAAGCUAUUUCGCAUUCCAGGAUGACCUGGUUGUUUCGUCAUCCGCCGGACAGACAGGCUCAUUUACAUUAACAUCGAUUGAAUUGUUUUCUAUCUCGUAAAUAAAGAAAACUAAAGUUUCUUUUAGUGGAGAAAAAAUUGUUGACAAGGCCACAAAAGUGUAAAGGCGAUUUGAAAUUUGAGUUUGUUCAGCUAUUUAUGUGACUGAUUUUACAAUGCCAAAUGUUGUUGGUUUAUGAAACAAACAUUGCUGACGAAUGUAAUUGCCUAUUUAAUCUUUCAUAAGAAAUUGUAUUACUUUACAUCUUCAAACAUAAUCUGUGUCGGUUCUUCAAUAAUCUCAUCAUUCCAUUGUAUUUAAUUGAUACUUUUUCUAGAAACUUGUAUAAAAUAGAAUUUUAAAUAUGUUCUUAUUAUAGUUAUCAUAAGCCGAUAAUUACUACGUUAGAAUAUAUAAGACCUAAAAUAUGGUACCUUUUCAAUUAAGUAAAUGGAUAUUUUGUAAUUAAAGAAACUUUUUGAUUUGAUCUAUUAUUUCACAUUGAAAAUGUAAUACUGAAU